AUGACUGAAUACCCAGACUGUUUCUUCAAUGGCACUACUGAGGUUUGGAACAAGCAGCUGGUUCUUUCUUUGGGGGUGCCUCAGCUGACUAUCACCGUCAUCUCUAUGGCCUUCAACUCCGCCGUCAUCGUCACCGUUGUGCUUUCCAAAGAACUCCACAAACCCAUCUUCAUUCUGUUCUGCAACCUGGCCAUCUCUGAUCUUCUCUCCAGCUCCUCGGGGUUCUGGAUCACCGCCUUGUUUCUCACCGACCCAGAAAGUACCGUCCUUGGGUACAAGGGCAUCCUCAUACCUUAUGCCUUCUACACCAUGUCGAUUCUGGCCACCAUCUACAACUUAGUAGUCAUUGGGAUUGAGCGUUACUUGGCCGUGGCCGAAUGCCUGAGGAUGAGAUACAGGGUUACCAGAAAUCAGACCUUGGGUACUGCAUUGGUCACUUGGUUGCUUGCAUUCUCCUUGGGAUUCAUGCCCCUGAUGGGGUGGAAUUGCUUGGAGAAGGCCAACGUCUCUGCUCUUUAUAGCCCUCUUUGCAUCGACUACCUGAUUUUCAUCACUAUCCCCCACUGUACCAUGGCCUUAUUCUUGCCGCUGUUCACCUACAUCAACAUCAUUGGUUUCUUGAGAAAGCAGACGAUGACCAUGGUGGCCCUGGGGCAAGCCCAAGCCACUUACAAGUUGGCUGAAAUCCAGGUCACCCGGACUAGCGUGUUCAUCUGGGUCCUAGCUUUGCUGUCCUAUUCACCCUUCUUCAUAGGAGUUCUGUUGGACUUGACUCAUGAAGACUGCCCGGGUGAACUCUCUCGAGGUGUAUACAUAUUCCGGAACCUUACAACUAUGAUGAUAACAAUGAAUUCUUUGGGGAAUCCCAUCAUAUAUACUCUAAAGGUGAAAAAACUGAGGCACAGACUCAAGUUUUUGAAAAACCCCUCCACUAACCGGAUCCAAGUGCUGGCGAUUGGGACAACAUAG